AUGAACCCAAUUACCAGCGUUAUCCUCACAUUUCUCUUCGUUUUCUCAUUUGGGGAAAAAGAAUCUGAAGAAGCUCAAAUCUUCACCGAAUUGGAUGGUCCAGCUGCCGAAUUGCGAGACCAAUGUUUGGAAAAAAAUUCGAUGAAAGUCACUGAUUUGAAAACUUACAACACAUCUAACGAUAUUCCCGAAAAAGAGUUAUGUUUUUAUAAAUGUUUCUACGAAGGUGUUGAGUUUAUUGAUGCAAAUGGAAACCUCAACGUGAAUAAUAUGAAAGAAAUUCCCGCCAUUUCUGAGCUAGGCGAUGAAGUUUUGAACGAAAUAACUGCCUGUGUCGAGAAAAUUGGGAAAAUUAGGUGCUGUGGCGAUUUGAGGAAAAUCGAACAGUGUUAUCAAAAUAUAACGAUGUAA